AUGGCUUUUGUUGCUUUAACUUCUCUGAUUGGAACCAUUGAGAUUGAGUUUGUGCAACCCAAUCCAAGGGCAAUGCUGUGUAUUCAUGAUCAACCACUAAUCAAAUCUUUGCUUGAUAACCUUUCUUGUUUGCAAGCCUUUCUCCACAACAAAUCCAGUGGUGAUGGAGAUGGAGAUGGAGAUGCACUCAGAGAUUUAGAAAUCCAAAUCAGAGACUUUGCACUCCAAGCUGAAGAUGACAUUGAAAUACAACUAAGCAACUUCCUUCUAGCCAAACACACCCAGCAUGAAGAAGAAGAAGCUUGGCAGGAGCUCCGUCAAACCUUGCGAAAAGCAGCCGAAAUUGCGGCGCAGAUUAUCAGCGAAGAAAAAGAGCAUCAGACAGAGAGGGAGAGAGAGAGGGAGAUGAUUUGUAAUGCUUUGACUUCUCUCUGGAAAACAAUUGAUAAGAUGGAGCACAUUUUGUCAAUGGGGUCUCUUCAUGAUAAAGAUAAAGCGGGAAUCAAAUCUAAUUUGUUGGAAAAGCUUUCUUCUUUGCAACUCUUUCUGCACAAGGAAUCAAAUGGUGGGUGUGCCAAAGAUGAAGAUUUGGAAACUAAAAUCAAGCAUUUUGCACUCAAAGCUACAGAUGACAUCCAAGUACUACUACCUAAUUUUCUUCCGGUUAAAGACACAGAAUCUGGAGAAAACAUUUCUCAGAAACUCUAUCAGACUAUGAAAGAAGCAACACAAAGCGCAGCAGGGUUGUUGAACAUAAUCAACUGUAAGGAAGAAAUUGAUGAUGAGGCAAAUGAAACUCAACCAUCAAAACAUGUUGUUGAGUCUGAUAGUGAUGGAUCCUCCUCCCAUGGCUUUCUAAAGCCUGAGGGCAGAAUGAUUGGACGCCACCAUGAUUGUACAGUCAUAAAGGACCAACUCUUUUCUUCCCGUUAUGAACUAAAGAUAAUCUCAAUUGUUGGAAUGGUGGGUAUUGGAAAGACUGCUCUAGCAAGACAUGUGUAUGAAGAUCCAUCAAUUGCAUCUCAUUUCGAUGUAAGAGGUUGGGUUACUAUACCUCAACACUACAAUAGUAAACAAAUACUAAGUGAGCUUCUUCAGUCAAUUAUGCCAGAGGAGCCAAAGGGAAGCACUCCAGAUGAACCAGAAAUGCAGGUAUGGAAAUGCUUACGUGGUAGGAAGUAUCUAAUUGUUUUGGACAACAUUAUGAGCUAUGAAGCUUGGACUGACAUCAGAAACUAUGUUCCUGAUGACAAACUUGGAAGUUGCAUAUUACUAACCACUAGACACUUCAACCUAAUCCGGGGAUAUAAAUACUUUAGGGGCUGUAUCCAUAACGUGACUUUGCUAGAUCCAAAAGCAAGCUGGAAACUAUUUUGUAAUAUCCUUGAUAUUGAAGAGCACUUGGCCCCUAAAUUUGAAAAAAUUAGGAACCAUGUUGUGGAGAAAUGUGAUGGAUUACCCCAGUUAAUUAUUGAAGUUGCCAAGCGUCUAUCUAAAUGCAACAACAUACAAGAAGGGUGGAAGAAGAUCGAAAAGGAAUUAGAGUCCUUGGGAAUUCUAGAUCGCAAAGCAAUCAUGGUCAGUUACAAUAUGUUGCCACAUCAUUUGAAAGUUUGCCUUCUAUACUUUGGAGUCUUCCCAAAGCGAAAAAAAGUUCUGGUUAAAAUGCUUAUAAGGUUGUGGAUUGCUGAGGGAUUCGUGAAGCCAUUGGAACAUAAGGAGUUAGAAGAUCAAGCUUAUGAGUACUUACAAGAGCUUAUUGAUAGAAGCCUUCUAUUAAUUGAAGAUCGAAGUUGUAAUGGCAAAAUCAAGACUUGUAGAAUGCAUAGUGCUCUGCAUAGCUUCUGUGCAGUAGAAGCUCAGAAAGAAGGUAUUUUAUGUGCAGUAAAUACUCAACAACAUUCAGGAUUGUCAUUAAAAGUAUUUGCAAAUUCCUGUCGUUGGCUAAGUUUGUACUCACACAGUUUUGACUAUUAUGUGCUCUUUGGUACGAACAUCCCUCGCUCUAUUUUCUUCUUCCAUGAAAAUCCUGGAAUAUUUGUUCCUCCCAAGUUGUUAAGAGUUUUGGCUUUUGAUACUUCUAUAUCACUUCAAAGAAUGCCAGUGCAAUUAGGGGGUUUAGUUUUUCUGAGAUACCUAUACAUAACACAAUGGUUCGAGGAUCUGAAUGAUGUAGUGUCAAAUAAUCCAAAUUUAGAGACACUUAUUGUUUCCGGUGAUGGAGCACCAACUGUCCAUUUGCCAUCUAGCAUUUGGAAGCCACCACAUUUGAAGCAUAUCGAAAUUGGCAAUUCAUAUGUGGUUGAUCCUCCAAGUGCAUAUAUGAAGAAGUUACAAACAUUAUCUUGGGUAGUGAGACCAGUUCAUUGCAGAACAAAGAUGUACAGCAAGUUCCCUAACAUAAAAAAUCUGAAAAUUUUGCUGAAGGAUGAGAUAGACCCCCCCAGUCACAAUGGAGGAUGUUGCAGUAAUCCUAUUAUUUUGGAUCAUUUUGACUAUUUUAAAUGUCUUGAGAAGCUAAGCAUCUCAGUUUCUAUUGGUUGCAAUACAGCCCUUCCAGAAUUGGCUAGGUAUCCUUCAGGACUGAAGACGUUGAAGUUGAGUGGGACUAAUAUUUCUGAGAGGGAUUUAAAUGUAAUUGCCAAGUUACCCCAGCUGAAGGUGCUAAAGUUGGAAAAUGCCUUCCAUGGAAAAGUAUGGGAAGUAGCUAAAGGAGGAUUUCCUGAAUUAAUAUUCUUGUUCCUUGAAGCUAAAGAACUCAAGAAGUGGAUACUUAGCUCCUGGACUGACUGUUGGCAGCUCAGACACUUAGUCUUAAGAUCUUGUAAUUGUCUAAAACAGAUUCCAAAGGAUCUUAGAUGUUACAACAUGGAGUCAAUUGAGUUGGAGGGGUGUCGCUCUUCCCUUGUCGCUUCUGUCAAGCAGUUACAACGGGAGAAAAGUUCCAAAAAUCUUAAGAUCAAAAUCCUUGGCACUGAAUCACAGAGUACCGAUACAGAUGUGUCUACAGAUGCAUUGGCCAGAUCAAAGUGUAGGGGCCUGAAUAAGAUUAAUUACAUAUGGAGAGGUCUGUAAAAGACAACUUGGUUGGGCUUGCAGUUAACUUAACAGUUAUGUGAAAAUGGCCAUUAAAGAUGACUUAGAGCCCAAUUUCACUUGUGGAUUGUGCAGUAAUCCCAUCAUUUUGGAUAAUCUUUACUAUUUUGAAGGACUUGAGAAGCUAACCAUUUUAGUUUCUUUUGGAUGCACCAUAACCCUUCAAAUCAGUCUAUGUUUCCUUUCCUACUGGAGAAGUUGAGAUCGAAUUCAAAAGGGCUGCAUCCAUUACGAAGAAGAAAUGAAGAAUGUUUGAGAUCAAAUUCGACAGGCUUGAAUAUGAGGAAUCACUGUAUCCAUAUGUAGAGACUGAGAUCAGAGUAAAUUAACUGCUAUUAGAAAAAUGGUAUAUACACAGAUAAUGAAUGACACCUUCAAUUUUGAUCAGACCUUAAAUGACAAGGUAUAUAUGUUGCUAGACUUGCAUUCUAAUAACUUCGUUAACCAAUCAUCAAUUAAAAAUAUAGAUUUCUUGUUUGGUGCUUUUA